GCCGAGGCCGGGUAAGCGCUCCGGGGUCCGCGGCGCGCUGUGCGGGCUGCAUGUCUGGGCUGCGGGCGCUGCUGGGACUCGGGCUGCUGGUGGCGGGCUCGCGUCUGCCGCGGCUCACGAGGCAGGCCGCCGGCGUCUGUCGCCCGGGACUCACGUGGUGGAGGCCGCAGCCGCUGGACCCGGCUGGCCGCAGGCACUCGGAGGUCAUGGCGAGCACCGGGGUGAAGUACCUGAGCCAGGAGGAGGCCCAGGCCGUGGACCAGGAGCUGUUUAACGAGUACCAGUUCAGCGUCGAUCAACUUAUGGAGCUGGCUGGCCUGAGCUGUGCUACGGCCAUUGCCAAGGCAUAUCCUCCCACGUCCAUGUCCAGGAGCCCCCCUAAUGUCCUGAUCAUCUGUGGCCCUGGGAAUAACGGAGGCGAUGGCCUGGUUUGUGCUCGGCACCUCAAACUCUUUGGCUACCAGCCAACCAUCUAUUAUCCCAAAAGGCCCAACAAGCCACUCUUCACCGCACUGGUCACCCAGUGUCAGAAAAUGGACAUUCCUUUCCUUGGGGAAAUGCCCUCUGAGCCCAGGAUGAUCGAUGAGCUCUACGAGCUGGUGGUGGAUGCCAUCUUCGGCUUCAGCUUCAAGGGGGAGGUCCGGGAACCGUUCCGCAGCAUCCUGAGCAUCCUGGAUGGACUCACUGUGCCCAUUGCCAGCAUCGACAUCCCCUCAGGAUGGGACGUGGAGAAGGGGAGCUCUGGAGGGAUACAGCCGGACCUGCUCAUCUCCCUAACGGCACCCAAGAAGUCUGCAACCCAGUUUACUGGCCGCUACCACUACCUGGGGGGGCGUUUUGUCCCACCUGCCCUAGAAAAGAAGUACCAGCUCAACCUGCCACUUUACCCAGACACCGAGUGUGUGUACCGUCUGCAGUGAUG